CAAGUCCAGUCGCGCUUCGGCUUCGCUGUGCUGAGGUGAAAAGGCGCUGAUCCUGCAGCUCCUCAGACAUGAGCGUGUGCAGCUCCAAUCCCAGCUGCGGAGAAGAUGUGGACGAGCUGGAGUCUGUGAGUUGGUACCAUUACGAUUUGUCCCGCCAUGCCGCUGAGGCCCUGCUCUUGUCCAAUGGUGUUGAUGGGAGUUUUCUGCUGAGAAACAGCAACAAGGGCCCUGACUGCUUUGCUAUUUCUGUAAGAGCAAAGGACUCAGUGAAGCACUUUCACGUACGCCGGCAGGGUGGCAGGUAUUCCUUCGGCUUCAAUGAGUUCGCCACUCUUCAGGAUUUCACCAGUCAUCUGGCCAAUCAGCCACUCCUGGGCAGUGAGACAGGUAACUUGAUAGUGCUGCGGGUCCCUUACCCCCGACAAGUGGAGGAGCCGUCCAUCUACGAGUCUGUAUGUGUGCACACAGCCAUGCAGACAGGACGCCAUGAAAGUGACUUGGUCCCCUGCGCCCCAUCGCUGGGAACAAAAGAGGGCUAUCUGGUAAAACAAGGAGCUAUCAUAAAGAACUGGAAACAACGAUGGUUCACACUGAACAGAAAUGAGCUUAAGUACUUCAAAGACAAAAUGUUUGUAGAGCCCAUUCGGACACUGGAUCUGACCGCAUGCUCGGCUGUUCAGUUUGAUUACAGUCAGGAAAGAGUUAACUGUUUCUGUCUAGUGUUCCCUGAAAGGACGUUUUAUCUGUGUGCGAAAUCUGGCGUGGAGGCUGAUGAAUGGAUCAAGAUUCUACGUUGGAAACUGUCGCAGAUAAAAAAAGGCCGAUGAUGAUCAGAACAGGAUGAAGACAUGAGAGUGUGAGCUGUGCGUGCUGUUAAGACUGAUACAAGAGGAUGUUCUGAUAGAAAGGUCAGAGGUCUGUAGAUGAUUAGGGUCUAGACUCAUCCCUAUGGCCAGUGUAAUCUGAUGUCAAGGCAUUGUUGCAAAGGAAGUCUAUGAAUCACACAUAAUCUGAGUGGAGAUACUGUGUCAUAAUGACACUUUCUUUUCUGUCAUGCUGACCACCUCUGAGGAUGGGAGAUUACGGAUAUCAGAUUAAGAAACAAAGCGGAUCUGAUGACAUUUACAAACGGGGCUUUCAAAGAAGGCUGCUUAUCAUUCUGACUAAUUGAACAGUUGUCUUUUCACUGUGGAGCCACCUGUAGUGCACUGCUGCAUGGUGUGGACAAAAUAACAGAAACAGCAUGAAAAAAAUGUUGACUAAAUCACUGUUACAAAGGCAGCUACGAAGAUGGUCGUCAGUUUUAAAGGAGGUCUGAAAAUCAGGCUUAUCCUAUCAUAUGCAAAAGUUUUAACACCCCUGGUCAAACUACGCUUUAUUAGUGAAAAUAUGUUAACAUGUCCUCUACAGGGAACAACUUAUAUAGCUUUCUGCAAUUUUAGUGCAGUUUUUAUUUAUUUC